AUGGUGAGAAGAGUGCCUAGAAUGAGAGGUGCCUUUGGUCAGAUUAUUCGUAACAUCAUAGGUGACAGACGUGAUGAUGUAGAGAGAAUUCCACCAACAGCAUCAAACAGACGACGCAACGAAGCAAAUCGUCCUAUUAGGCAGCGUCGUCGAAGACAACAGGAGGUUCAGGACGAUGAUGUUGACUCCACCGAGCAUGCACAUAUGGAGGAGGAUGUCCCUCAGCCGCCACAGAUGGAGCAGACCGCUGAUGAUACUCCUGAUACUUCUGCACAUCCUGACGCUGAUGAGUCCGAUGAUGCUGAUGAUAUUGAUGAGCAGGAUCAGCAGACGGGAUUUCCCGGAGGACCGACAGUGACAUCUUUGUUGACACAGUAUGAGCAUCACGUGGCUCGGAGGUUAUGGGAAGGAGAGGAUCGUGGAUCACUAAAGGUAAUUACUCACGGAUUGAAAUUGAAGAAGUUUGCAGAAGUUCCUAUGCCAGCUCCUGUAGAGCAUUGGAUUCAGGAAUCUGGGCUGAUGCAUCUAUCUUCAGGCUACCUCACAAUGGCGGAUGCUGGUCUGAUAUCGGCAUUUGUUGAAAGAUGGCACCGAGAGACCAGCUCAUUUCAUCUGCCAUUUGGAGAGAUGACGAUCACCUUAGAUGAUGUUGCGACUCUCCUUCACAUCUCACCGCAUGGUAAAUUUUUUAAUGCACCUUUGAAUAUGAAUACUAAUAAUGUUGUAAGAGCUGCACAUGAGUACUUAGGUGCAACAUGGGAGGAAGCAUGUGUUGAGAUUAGUUAUAAUAAACGUGCCCAAUAUCGAUUGCAAUGGUUGCGUGAUUUGUAUAGCCGUCUCAUUCAAACUAACCAGUUUGAGUGUGCGGCUAGAACAUAUCUGUUGCACUUAGUUGGCUGCACUAUUUUCGCCGAUAAAACACAUGCGCGUGUUGAGGCGAAAUACAUUUCUCUUUUUAUUGAUUUACAUCGUUGUCGAGACUACUUGUGGGCUUCCGCGGCAUUAGUUUUCCUUUAUGACAACUUGGAAGAUGGAGCUAUCCACGACACUCGACAGCUGGGAGGUUACAUGAGCCUACUGCAGUGUUGGAUUUACGAGCACUUCCCUAGGAUCUGUAAGCGGGGUGAUAGAGGAGCGGUUCCUGCGCAUCGGCCAAGAGCAUGUAGGUGGACUGCAAAACAUGCUGUUGAAGGUGGAUUGAUGGCAUAUCGUCAGAGACUUGAUGGAUUGUUGCUCGAGGAUGUAGUGUUUACACCGUAUGAUGAUGAUCGAGCUAAUCAUCCGUUUGUAUCGGUUUCGAUGUUUUCUGGAUAUCUUCGAUGUGGUGGAGUCUCAGUCCCAUAUUUGCCAGAGCGAUGUCUCCGACAGUUUGGUCGUAUUCAGUGCAUUCCGCGGGACGUUCCUCCGAUGCCGGACAGUGUAGAUUGGGUGUGGCAGAGUACUAUGAGAUCAUCUGUAGAGACCUUUCGGAGACUAUAUCAUGUUGCCACUUUUCCUGGAGAGGUCACUGCAGACUACUAUGCAUGGUACAUUAGUGUUUCACAUCCUCUGAUUCUCCCUCCAUCCACCGUUGCACCUUCGAGUCCACAUACUACUGUUGCUGCCCAUGCUGGUCCAUCAUCGUCUGCACAUGCUGGUAUAGACCCUAGAGAUCUUAGAGACCGUAGAGCAGCUGAGCUUGCACAUAAGGCCUUAAAUAUGGUAAGACCAUUUAGUGAGAUUCAUGAAACAUUGAGUGAAUUAUGUCGCUUGUAUGACGAUUAGUUAUUGUGUU